CAGCAAGUCGGAGCUGUAGCGAGCAGCAGAGGGAGGAGGAGGGGAGUGAGUGAGAGAGAGAGAGGGGGGGAGAGAGAGAGAGAGGGUAAGGCUGACAAGUCGCAGUAAAGCGAAACGUCAGGGGCGGAUUAUUAUGGGCUGGCGCCGGGGCAUCAGCUGAAAGGCAACUGGGAGCUCGGGCAGCCACACCGCGGGGGAGACAUGGAGCUCUCCGCCGUGGGGGAGAGGGUUUUCGCUGCUGAAUCGCUGCUCAAGCGACGCAUCAGGAAAGGUCGAGUCGAAUACCUGGUGAAAUGGAAGGGCUGGUCUCCUAAGUUCAGUACGUGGGAACCAGAAGAAAAUAUCUUGGAUUCGCGACUGAUAUCAGCCUUUGACGAGAGGGAACGAGAGAGAGAGAUAUAUGGGCCAAAAAAGCGUGGACCCAAACCGAAAACGUUCCUAUUGAGGGCUAAAGCCAAAACCUACACCUUCCGCAGUGACCUGGUCCGGGGGCUGAGGGUCACGUACCCUCCGGGGCGGUCCCGGGAGGCCGCCUUCUCCUCCACCCGGUCCCGGGAAGGUCCGCGGAGGGACCCGGCGGGGGACCUGCCGCACGGGGGGGAGCCUUCGAGGGAGCGGGCGGACGGGACGAUGGACGAGCCCCGCAGAGGGCAGCCCAAGCCCGGGCCCCCGGGCCGGCCGGUCAGGGCGGAGGGGGGGCCCGGGAGAAAGGGGGCCAAAGCCGGCCAAGCGGACGGCAAGUCCGGCCCCGGCCCGGCCCCCUCCCCGAAGAGGAGCGGCCAAGCCGAGCCGCGCCCGGCGGACCGGACCGGGACCGGGACCGGGACCGGGACUUACCCCCACUUCAAGCGGAGGAAGUCGGAGGAGUUGGACUCCGGGAGCGACGACGACUUGGACGGGAAGGCGGCGGCGGCGGCGGCGGCGGAUGGACUGAGCCGCUCUGGUGGGAGGCGGGAGGCGAAGCUCAGCCACAGCGGUGGUGGAGGAGGAGGAGGAGGGGGUGGAGGGGCGAUGGGUCACACCCCGUCCAGGACACCAGCAAACCGGGCCGGGCCGCUCAGCCCGGGGGAGCGGCUGAGCCCGGGCGCCGCGUACGGGGCGGCGGCGGCGGCGGCGGCGGACGCUUCGAGGCUCAAACGCGGGUCGGAUCCCAUCCGGAGCCAAUCCCGGACUAAGCCCGGCUUCCAGAGCGCCGUGUCCAGGGGUAAGGCUGGAGGGGCGCGAGCGCCCGAACUCACGGCCAAACUGGGCUCCGGGACCGGGACCACCGCCGCCGCCGCCGUCAGCAACAACAACAACAACAACAGCAGCAGCAGCAGCACCACCAGGGGUCAGCCGCCCGGGCCGAGGGUCCCCGGGGUGGGGGUCAAGCUCCCGGGGCCCGGGUUCCUGGCCGAGCCGGAGGAGUCCUGGAGCCCCUCCUUGAACAAUCUGGAGAAGGUGGUGGUCACCGAUGUGACUUCCAACUUCCUGACCGUCACCAUCAAAGAGAGCAGCACAGACGAAGGCUUUUUCAAAGAGAAAAGUUGA